CGCACAAUGGCUGAUUUGGAGAAGGGCGGCUACGGCAUUGAUGUCACAGCAUGGUAUAAUUUUAGUAUAUGGGCCAGAUGGUCCAACAGGGCAGCUAAUGAACUGGGCUUUGACUCUAAUGCCACGACAGUGGCGUCCGACUAUCCCGAUCUUGUAAUCGAACCCCUACCAGUGCAGCGACUUGCGGCUCGAUGCAAGUUUGAGGCGCAGGUGAACCGACCACGGUUGCUUCCCGGGAUUUGGAUUCGACCUUAG